AGGCCGUAAAUACGGGUCAGGCGGCGAGGGAUGCGCGGCGUCGAGCGCAUCGCGGAGGCUGCUGCUGCGGGCCAUGACGGUCGGGGUGCCGAACCGGGCGGCGGUGCUGGUCUGCGGGGCGCUGGGCGCCACCCUGCUGGUCGCGGGGCUGGUGCUGGUCGUCGUCCUGCCCGGCGUCGUGAACAAUCAGGUGGCCAAGAAUGUCAGGAUACAGCCCAACACAUCAUUUUACAACCUGUGGAAAGAUAUCCCCUUUCCUUUCUACUUCUCGGUCUACUUCUUUGAGGUGCUGAAUCCGAAUGAAGUUCUUGCUGGAUCAAAGCCGGCAGUACAACAACGUGGACCUUAUGUCUACAGGGAAAACAGGGAGAAAAAAAACAUCACGUUCCACGAAAAUGGUACCGUCUCCUUCCUAGAGUACCGGUAUUUCCACUUCGAGCCAGACAUGUCAAACGGGACCGAAAAGGAUCGUGUUGUAAUACCGAACCUCUUGGUGCUGGGAGCCGCAGUGAUGCUGGAGGAUCUAAUAGUCCCUUUGAAGAUAGCAGUUAGCGCCGCUUUCACUUUCUUCAAGCAGAAGGCCUUCCUGAACCGGACGGUUGGAGAGGUCUUGUGGGGAUAUGAGGAUCCCAUUGUAAAGUUCCUGAACGACAUCAAGCCCGGAUUGCUUCCUUUCGGCGACAAGUUCGGCAUACUUGUCGACUUCAACAACAGUCAUUCCGGGCGGUUCACAGUGAACACAGGCGUUGAUGACAUUUCCAAAGUCCAUAUGGUGGAUACCUGGAAUGGCUUAAAAAAGGUGUCCUAUUGGAGGUCCGACCAAUGCAACCAGAUCAACGGAACUUCUGGGGAAAUCUGGCCUCCCUUCAUGACUCCUUCUACGCCUUUAGAGCUCUUCAGUACUGAUGCGUGCCGAUCCAUGAGACUGCAGUUCAAGGAGAUGGGAGAAUUCCAAAGAGUACCGGUGUACCGUUAUGAGGCUCCCAAGACUCUGUUUGCGAAUGGAACCGUCUAUCCGCCAAACGAGGGCUUCUGCCCAUGCCGGCAGUCUGGAAUCCAGAACAUGAGCUCCUGUCGGCUAAGUAUGUGCGCCGGGUGGCCGUUCGUUUUAAAGUCUAAAUGA